AUGGAGUACAAGAGGCUCUUAGAGGAACCACAUUCAUUACCUAGUAUUGAGCCUAUCAAGGAGGUGUUGACACACGAAGAAUCUAAGGAGAGUACUAUGUUUCCUGAGGUAGAGUUAAAAGUUUAUGAAAACUCAAGGUUGUACAAAAAACGAAGGAAAAGGUGGCCUGACAAGCAUAUCAUGCGGCGAGGAUUUCAUGAAGGAGAGUUAGUUUCACUAUUCAACUCUCGAUUGAAGUUAUUUCCUGGUAAGCUUCACUUAAGGAGGUCUGGUCCAUUCAAAAUCCUUAAGGUCUUUCUGUAUGACUCGGUUGAGACUUGGAGUGAAGCAACCUGCUCUUUUAAGAUAAAUGGACAACGUCUUAAGCACUACCGAGAAGAUGAACCUAUUGAAGGGAAGGCGGUUUACACCCUUUCCGACCCUUAUUCAGAGUGA